UCCCGUCCCCCCACCAGGUUCUCAGUGAAGACCCUGCUGGAGAAAUACACGGCGGAGCCCAUCGACGACUCCUCCGAGGAGUUCGUUAACUUUGCCGCCAUCCUCGAGCAGAUCCUCAGCCACCGCUUUAAAGGCCCCAUCAGUUGGUUCAGCUCGGAUGGGCAGCGUGGGUUUUGGGAUUACAUCCGCCUGGCCUGCAGCAAGGUCCCCAACAACUGCGUCAGCAGCAUCGAGAACAUGGAGAACAUCAGCACCUCCAGGGCCAAGGGCCGGGCUUGGAUCCGCGUGGCGCUGAUGGAGAAGCGCAUGUCCGAGUACAUCUCCACGGCCCUGCAGGACACGCGGACCACCAGGAGGUUUUACGAUGAUGGGGCCAUCAUGCUGCGGGAUGAAUCCAUGGUGCUCACGGGGAUGCUCAUCGGGCUCAGCGCCAUCGACUUCAGCUUCUGCCUGAAGGGCGAGGUGAUGGACGGUAAAACGCCCGUGGUCAUCGACUACACGCCCUACCUGAAGUUCACGCAGAGCUACGACUACCUGAGCGAGGAGGAGGAGCGGGGCAGCGUGGAGAGCAGCACGAGUGAGGACAGCUCCCCCGAACACCCCUACCUGCCCCUGGUCACCGACGAGGACAGCUGGUACAACAAGUGGCGCAAGAUGGAGCAGAAAUUUCGCAUCGUUUAUGCCCAAAAGGGAUACCUGGAGGAGCUGGUGCGGCUGCGGGAGUCGCAGCUGAAGGACCUGGAGGCGCAGAACAAGCGGCUGAAGCUGCGCCUGGAGGAGGUGGUGGUGCAGAACCAGCUGGAGAAGAGGGAGCUGGAGGGCAUCAUCCUGGAGCUGCAAGAGCAGCUGACGGGACUGAUCCCCUGCGAGAACCCGCAGCUGGCCCAGCUCUCCAAGGAGAUGGUGACACCCCUGGUGAACCAGUGGCCCUCGCUGGGGACCCUCAACGGCAACGAGAGUGGCUCGGACAGCAAGCUCUACAGGAGGCACAGCUUCAUGAGCACCGACCAGCUCUCGGCCGAGAACAGCCUCAGCUCCGACUCCCAGCGCCUGGGCGAGGGCAAGCGCGAAGGCGAGCCCUGGGGCCCCUUGGGGAAGGACCCCACGCCCUCCAUGCUGGGGCUCUGCGGCUCCCUGGCCUCCCUGCCCAGCUGCAAGUCCCUGGCCAGUCUCAAAUCCAACGAGUGCCUGGUGAGCGACAGCACCGAAGCCAGCCCGACCCGCAGCCCCAGCUGAGACCCCCGGCCCCCUCGCCGUCCCACGGCCCAGCUGCCCGGUCCAGCAUCAUGGCAGAGGACUGACCUCGUCCCCCCCCCAGUUCACCACCCCGGGACCGACGAGGGACUCACCGAACCCACCAGGGAAGCUGGAGAUGGGCAUCCCCCUCCCCAUCUUGACACCCCACUUCGGCUGCGCCUCGGACCCCCAGCCUGGUCCCUGGCUGGAGACAUGGACCCGUUGGGAUGGGGGAUGCCAGACUGGGACCCAUGCGAGCUGGGGAUGGGGGGGGCAGGGGGGGAACGAACUGUGCCAUGGAGGGACACUGGGAAUGAGCGCUG